AUGAUGAUGUCGGUCAUUUCUAUGGGACUGACGACCAUCACCUGGCUUGUGUUCGGCUUCACCUGGUCUUUCGAUGAGUGGGGUGCCGGGAAGGGCUUCACGUACGUCGGCUUCCGCAACCUCGACACAGUCUGGCCCGGCACGACCAUGCCAGGUCUGACCUUCGCGAUCUUCCAGAUGACCUUUGCCAUUAUUGCGGCGGCGAUCAUCUCCGGUGCCGUCGUCGAGCGCAUCCGAUUCUCGGCUUACGCCAUCUUCAUCGUCGCCUGGGUCCUAGCGGUGUAUGUGCCGCUGUGCCACUGGAUCUGGGGCGGCGGCUGGAUCGCCGAAAUGGGUGCCAAGGACUUUGCAGGAGGCACCGUGGUUCACAUCAGCUCUGGCACCUCCGCCUUUGCUUUGGCAUCCCUACUCGGCGAGCGAAGGCACAAAGACGAGAGCUUCCCCUCGAACUUGCCCUUCGUGAUCUUGGGCGGGGGCAUCCUCUGGCUCGGUUGGACCGGCUUCAACGGCGGCUCGGCCUUUGCGGCCAAUGCAGACUGCGGCCUCGCCAUCGCAACCACCUACAUCGCGGCGGCUGCCGCGAUGGUCAUGUGGAUCACGGUGGAGCGCAUCUUGGACGGAGCGCCCACCUCCGUGGGCGCGAUGUCGGGAGCCGUGGCAGGGCUUGUGAACAUCACCCCCUGCGCCGGCUUCGUGGAGCCCCUGGGCGCUCUCGCAGUUGGGGCCAUGGGCGCCCUCUGCUGCAUCUCCGCGGCACGUGGCCUGAAGAGGCUGAGCCUGGUGGACGACUCCCUGGACUGCUUCAGCCUCCACGGCGUCGGUGGCUUCGCAGGCGCCAUCCUCGGCGGCUUCUUCGACACCGGGGACGGGCUGAUCUACGGCAGCGACGGGAUGCUGCUGGUGAAGAACCUGGCCGGCGCCGCCUUCGGCGUUUUCUACUCCGCCGCCGCCACCGCGGUGAUCUUCUUCCUGCUCCGCCUCGUGAUGCGCAUGAGGGUCAGGGAGGAGCAGGAGCGGGAAGGUGUGGAUCUCCACUGCCACUCCGAGACGGCUUACGGCAAGAGCGAGCACUCCGGCAAGCCGGGCACGCCGGCCGCGGCCGCGGAAGAGCCUCGUGUGCUGCUGACCAGCAGCGCUGCCCAGCUCAAGAUCACCGUGCAGAAGCCAACCGGGGUUUGA